AUGGUUUCGAGAGGACCCGAGAGCGCCGAGGUCGAGGCCCACACGACUGAAGCGCCCACUAGCAGCUCAUCGUCUACAGUCCACGACACCGAAGCCAGCACGGCCCAAACACUUGCCAGCAGCUCCUCUUCCACAACCAGCCACCUCGAAGAUAGCACAGACACGGACUGGGACACCUUUAACCAAACUCUCCCUCCCUGGGAGCUCAAGGACAUGCAAUGCGCCUUUAGAGAUGCGUUAAUGUUGGAGCGACUGGGACAUGGGAGGAGAAUCCGCCCUAAAGGUCCCGUCCUAUCCAUACCGUCCGCCGCCUUCAUCUUCUCCCAAGUGGCCUACGCCCCCGCCCGCGACCAGGACACGUCCGGGCUCGCCAUGGCGUUUCUCAAGCGGUACGCCGGCCCCUUGCCCGAGCAGCGCUGGCAAAGAUGGGUGCGCCUGCACGAAAAUAUCGCCCACGUACAGUUCCACGUGCGCUACAUGUCCACCGAGCGCGCUCCCGCCGCUUGGCCUCUGGAACAAACCCAAACCUCGGGUUUCUCGCUUGGCCGGAGCGAAUUUACCUCUUCCGAGUCGAAAGGCCCGCCUUUGAUCGAGAAGAGGGCAUCGGUAGUCAUGAACACAUCCUUGGGUGGCGAUGAUGCCCUGCGAUAUAGGGUGCUUACCCUUGCCGACUCGGGGGCGCUUUUGGCGGAGGCCUUGCAUGACGAAGAGCUGUGGAGAGAGUCGACGCUAUCAAUUGGCACGGUAGCCAAAGGCAUUACAAUCUUCCAACUCUUCCUCUAUCAAAUCAUCAAAGAAGUCUCUGCCAGCUGGACAGCAGUUCUUACUCACUCGCGUUGGGAUACCUACGACCUUCCGCGCGAAUGGAUCGAGGAUGUUCGAACGGAUAUGUCGAGCCUCAUUACCGAUUGUUCCACCACUCUAAACGGUGUGAUGGGAGAUGACGACACACUGGUAAAGACAAAUUGGGAUGUCCUGACAAACUAUCUAAACACGGUGGCUGAAAUGAUAAGAGCCCAUUUCGGGGCUUACUGA